CUUUCUUCUGCUAAUUAAUUGACGUAUUAUCAAACCACAAGCGAUGCCUCGUUAUCUAUACGAUACAUUUGUAAUAAAAUAACAGCAAGUCGCAGAGGUAAAGCAGUCACUUGCGAGCGAGAGCACUGAAAACAUGGCAGAUCGGCGUUAUUAUGGUUGGGGUGCACCGCCACCACCACCACCACAUGGUUUCCCUCCCCCUCCCGGCCACCCAGGACACAUGUACCCUCCUGCAGCCGGAGUAGUCUUUUACCCAGUGCACCCUGCCUAUUUCUAUCCCUACCCUGGAGGAGAAGUACCACCCCCUCCUGAUGGCGGCGAAGUCACUGUGGUCGAUAACUCUGAGCCGGAAUUGCCCGGGGAAACUGUCGAGUUGCCGUGGAGUACAUACCGUUGGGUCCCCGCAUGCUUGAGCCAGCGCUCUAUCCCCCCCGGCGCUCUGCGUGUGGGUACUGAUGUAGAUGGUGAUGAGAUCUACGCGGGCAGAGCCCCACAUGAGGGUGACAUCCUUCCCGCAAAGGUCAUCCCCAACAAGAACGUUUGCUACGUCUGCUGGGGUGGAGAAGAAAUCGUCAAAGACCAAUUUGAGGUUCUGGUUCCCGCGAUGUUCUCCUGGCAGUUCUCGACUGGUGGUGCGGUUCCCCCAGGUGCAGUAGCCGCAGGAGUCACUGCUGACGGAGAGAAGCUGUACUAUGGCAGAGUGACACACGACGGAUGCACUACGCCUGGCAAGAUCCAGCCAAGCCACGGCACUUGCUACUAUCCCUUCGACGGCGAAGAAAGGAACUCGGCAGAAUACGAAGUCCUUGUACUCAUGUGAAUUAAGAACAACACUAUUUAUUACUGUAACCUACAACAUAACAUACAACAAAUAAAUAUUUGUGACAACACAGCAAAGAUUGUACUUAC